AUGAAGCUACAACUUUUGAUCCUUACUGUUUUGCGGUUUUUGGUUCUAACCAAUCAAGAAGAAGAGGAAAAACAGCUGACAACAGAGGAAUUUUACAUGGAAGCUUUCUUCAACAACUCCAGUCACAAUUUCACAUUUGAGUACGACGAUGACCUGUCUGCUCCUUGCAGUGUAACGGUGCCUGGAUUCAACAGCUUGGGCCUGAUGAUCACCUACAUCUUCGUGUUCGUCCUCAGCGUGGUCGGCAACAGCGUGGUUAUCUAUGUGCUUUGCUCCAUGAAGAAAGUUAGAGGUAGCACAGAUAUCUAUCUAAUAAACCUGGCGAUGGCCGACCUUCUGUUCUGCCUCACCCUCCCGUUCUGGGCCGUCAAUGCUCAUUCCGGUUGGAUCUUCGGCAACUUCCUGUGCAAACUCCUGUCAGGCUUCCAGGAGGCCUCGGUAUACAGUGGUGUCUUCCUGUUGGCAUGCAUCAGCGUGGACCGCCACUUCGCCAUCGUGAGAGCUACGCGUGCCCGCCCCUCCCACCACCUGUUGGUUAAAGUGGCGUGCGCUGUGGUGUGGCUGGUGGCCGGAGUGCUGUCCUUACCCGGUGCCAUUCAGAAGGAGAGCAUGAGCCCUGAGGAAAUGGGCCAGAACAUUUGCUAUGUAAACCUAACUGGCGAAAGCAGCGACCAUUGGCGCGUCGGCAUGCGUGUUCUGCGCCAUACGGUGGGCUUUUUCCUGCCACUGGUGGUGAUGGCCAUCUGCUACGGCUGGAUUGUGGUGACGCUGUGUCACGCGCGCAAUCAACAAAAGCACAAGGCCAUACGCGUCAUCCUGGCGGUGGUGUUAGCCUUCAUUCUGUGCUGGCUGCCAUACAACAUCACCAUGCUGAUUGAUACGCUCAUACGAGGCGAAUCCAUUGCGUCGGGGACAUGUGAAACGCGCUACAUAGUGGAAGUGGUGCUGGAUGUGACCCAAGUGUUGGCCUUCAUGCACUGUGCGGUGAAUCCGGUGCUGUACGCCUUCAUUGGCGAGAAGUUCCGUAACCAGCUGCUCUCAGCUCUUUACAGACAUGGGCUCAUCAGCAAGCGGUUCCACAUGGCUUACAGGAAGGGCUCAGCCAGCAGCGCAGGCAGCGUCAGAUCUAGAAACACCUCGACCAUGUAA